AUGAACUCAGACCAACAGACCAUCAGCUCAUCAACCUCAUCAGCAUCAUCAUCAACAACCAACUCACUCAGACACCACUCAAACUCAUCACUCUCACUCAGCUCACUCAACAAGAACAAGAACAAGAACACCAAGAAAACCAUCAGACCAUCCCAGUCGAUCUUCAACCUAGCCUCAGCCACCCUACAGUUCACCACCCCAUUCACUCCUGAUAACUCAUCCAUCAAACUCAAGAUCGACAACCAAACCACUGAUGCCUCGAUCAGAAUCGCCCAGUGGCCAACCAAGUUCAAGAAAUCAAAUCACAUCAAACAGUCCUCCUACCAUCUAUCAUCAUACCGUGGGACCUGCUUCAAUCCAAACUCAAUCCCACCCGUCAUGAAAGAGUUCACCCAGAGAUCGAUCACCCUUGCUGAGAUCGACCAACCCAGCGGCCUAUUCGAGAGCUCACGGACGAGCAAGACACGGCUAGGAUGGAUCUACUUCGACCUGAUCAAGCCCAACGGAUACGUCCUACAUUUACAGGCCUAUGUGAAACUAGGGCGUGGAGGGACGACGAUCAGCGAGGGAUUAUUGGGAAGAUUCGACCUGGACUCGAGUCGGGAACGGCCGAUGCCUUCAGGACUCAUCGGAUCCGUCGAAAUCUUGAGCUCCCUCAACCUCGUCCUCUUCAAACUCACCCAAGAGGAGAUCGAGAAGGAGGAGAACACGGUCGAUGAUACCCCCUUGAAACCCCCGAUCGGCUUGCCCACCAAACGUCUCUCCACCUUCUCCUACGUCUCUCAUCCUCAAAUCAUCCUCUCCUUCCGCGUCGGUAAAGACGCUAGAUACCACCAACAUCAACAUGUCUCUCCUUCUUCUAAUCUUAUUCCUAAAUUCAUCAGGUCCGAUCAUACCCUAGGCGGCCUUAACUCCCUCCGCGCUCUCCUCUACAUCCAACAUUCAAAUACUAUCGAGCCUAUCUUACAUCGCUCGGCUUCAAUUAAUCCCCUCAGUGGACUAGUGACUGAGGGCGAUAAGAUACACAGACUAGCGUCGACAGCGGAUACCAAAUCAGUCUUCUUGCCCGAGCUGGACCUUUCCAUCUCGUACGGCUUCCAUGAUUCUAGGAUGGGCAAACGUCAUUCCAUGUAUGCUUAUGCUACCCCGAAUUACAGCCAUUGGUUGGGCGACUUGAUCGAUCAAGAUCAACGCUGGUUGGACGUUCGGUUCUCCAAGUUGGUCUUGCAAGGCUCACACGAUUCCGGAAUGUUUACUAGCUUACAUCCUGGGUUUGUUAAGAUGAUCACCAAGAUGAAGUUAGAUUCAGACAUUGGGAAUUUCUUGAUCGAUCAUGGGAUUUCAUUUGUUCAUAUCUUGACCAAGUUGUUGAAGACCUUCAACAUCGACCUCGAGCUGGCCAUCUGCAAUAUUGCUAAUACCCAGAAAGACGUGAUCUUUGACCAGCUCCGUCAUGGUACUAGGAAAUUCCAUUGUUGA